GCGCAUGUGUAGUGAAAACGGAACUUUUGAUAAAAUGUGUUUGCGUGAUACGAGAAAAACAUUUUAAGCAAUGCAUAUCACAGUUACCACUCUCUCCGACCAAAUAUUUUCAUUAGACGUUAGUGAAGACCUAGAGUUGGAGAAUUUUAAGGCGUUAUGUGAAUAUGAAAUUGGUAUUUCGGCCUCAGAAAUUGCUAUUUUAUGGAAUGGGCGCCCCCUUCAUGAUGACAAAAGAACAUUGGUGUCUUACGGGAUUAAAAAUGGGGACAUGUUAUUGUUGCAACAUAUGCGUGGACCUUCACAAGCCCCAAACAGUCCACAGCAACCUGCACCAGCCAUACCUUUGAUUGAUUUUGGAAGCAUAAAUAUACCUGGUCAACCUCAGACUCAGGGGGCCCAGGGUCCUAGUAGGGCAUCUGGAGGAGGUCAGCGACCACUUGCCCCUGAUGACCCGGAGGUCAUAAGACAGAUGCUGCUCGGCAGUCCACAUGAGUUGUCAUUGUUGAAAGAGAGAAACCCCCCUCUUGCAGAAGCUCUACUUAGUGGAAAUAAAGAAAAGUUUAUAGAAGUCUUUAACAAACAGCGAAAAGAGAAAAUGGAAAAAGAGAGAGAACGAAUCCAGCUAAUGAAUGCUGAUCCAUUUGACCCGAGUGUUCAAAGUGUCAUUGCUGAGGAAAUAAGAAUGAAGAAUGUGGAGUCAAACAUGGAAAGUGCUAUAGAGUUUGCCCCUGAGAGCUUUGGACAGGUUGUGAUGUUGUAUAUUGACUGUAAGGUCAAUGGGCAUCAUGUGAAGGCAUUUGUAGACUCAGGAGCACAGAUGACUAUCAUGAGUCAGGCAUGUGCAGAGAGGUGUAACAUUAUGAGACUGGUUGACCAGAGGUGGGCGGGUAUAGCGAAAGGAGUAGGAACCCAGAAAAUCAUUGGAAGAGUGCAUCUAGGUCAGAUUCAGAUUGGCAAUGAUUUUCUUCAGUCAUCUUUCUCAAUACUAGAGGAACAGCCUAUGGAUAUGCUUUUGGGGCUGGAUAUGUUGAAAAGACAUCAGUGCUGUAUUGAUCUUAAGAAAAAUGUCCUAAUCAUUGGAACAACAGGAACAGAAACUCGGUUCCUGAGCGAAUCUGAGCUCCCUGAUCAAGCCAGACUCAACUUUAGUCAACCCAUGUCUCCAAAAUCUCAAAUGUCUGAAGACGCUCAGCUAGCAGAAGCCCUCGCCAAAUCCCAAAAUGAUGGUACACAACCAGGUCCAUCCAGUGAAAAUAAAACAGUCAAUCCAAGUGCCUCAAUCAAAGCGGACUAUCCGGAGGAGGUGAUCCAGAGACUAAUGAACAAUGGAUUCUCCAGACAGGAAGUGAUACAAGAACUAGGAGCAGCCAAUGGCAAUGUGGACCAGGCACUUGCUGCACUGUUUGCAAAAUCCUUCCAGCUUCCAAAAUGAUGAAAAUAAAAUUUACUAGUGUAAAUGUGAUGAAUGUUGGGAAAUAUGUUAUGAUCAUGUAGAGGUUGUUAUGUUACUGGGUAUUAUUGCUUUGUAUACUAAGAUGUAUGAUUUCUUGUUCUGUAGUUUUUUAUCACAUUUUUCAAUGCAUUUAAGUUUGGCCUUGUUCUCUUCAUAUUUAUUGCACUUCUUUACAUGACAGUUUGUUUAGCAUAAAGUUCUCAUAUUAAUGUCUCAAUAAAGGAGAGCCUCUCGAUGUACGCCUGUAGUUUUACAUUUAACCAGCUAUAGUACAAAUGUACAUGUACAUCAUAUUAUGUGUAAAUCACACAAACAAAUUUAAUGCCAGAAGCAGGGGUGUAAGAUAUACACUGUAUAUUUUAAAAUUGUUCCAAAUAAAAAAUAAUACAGGUUAAA